GUAUUCCUUAGGUUUGGCACCGUUCUAAGGUUGGGGACGACUCGAGACCACAACGUCAUCCGCGCUGAAUUAUCCGAGCAGACCCAUUACAGCCAUAUAUGUCACAACAGACACUGUGAACAACCCAAGCACGCUGUACGAGAGUCUCUAUUUGCUAAUACAGCUCGAAACUCCUGUCAUCCGUCACUAGUGUCGAAGAGCAAGGACGGAGAUGUGGAUGCACUUCGAAAGGCUUGCAAACAUUCCCCAAGAUGCCUCCCCGACGACAUGACGCUCCCAAACCAGUCGAUUGACUUGAUCGCUAUAAAUAUCGAAAAGAUUCGGACGACUAUGCAAACGGGCUGUGGUUGCGACGAACACGGGGUUGAACUGCCAGUACACGUUACGACAAACCUUGAGGUAUCGAAAAGGUAUUACACUCCAGAAGGGAAGACCAGCAUCUGGGAAGAAUCGUCAUAUAAGUAUUACUCCCCCCACCAUGGACAUUUUACGUCGGUCUACAACACCAAGAGUACUUGGUUCAUUCCGCUAUACGAACACUAUUUCCAUGAUCACUACCAUAGUAGGUCUUGGGGUGGCAUGUCGGACGAGUACGAGUGGUGGAGCACUCUGGAUGUGUGGAAAGCAUCAGGCGAGGUGCGAAAAUUGAGAAGUGCAGU